AUGAAUAUUGCUCCUCAUCAGAUCCAUCAUCCAUAUGUGAACCCACAAGAGAUCCCCUUCCCAACAAUGACUCUCCCAGGAGGUGGAAGACUAGGGUUCUUCCCAGCUGUGAAAACUAGAUUCGCUGGACCCAACGUAGGAUUCGGAGCGGGUCUUAUGGGAAUGCCACACCCUCUGGGAUCACCCCUAGCUUGGGGAGUAGGAACUGGCAUCGAUAAUACCGCUGCAUCUUGGAGGAGGUAUUAUGGUGUUGCAGGGAUGUUAACGGGUUAUCCACUCCAUGGGAGGUUACCUGGUAAGACUGGAGUAGGAGGCUAUUGGGGGGGAUGGCAUAUGCGUGAUUAA